AUGGCACAUUUUCCUCUUACUUUCUUCUUCUUGUUGGUUUCAGUACUCAUGUUAAACCUCUCAUGUGUAACGGCAUUAGAUCCGGUUGACGAAGUUUGUAGUCGAACCAGAAAUCCUUCUCUUUGCAGUGGAACUUUGAGGUCGGAUCCUCGAUCAGCCACAGCAACCAUUACUCGCCUUGGAUACCUAGCGAUUGACUUGGCGCUUUCACAUGCUGCAACCACUACUAACAAGAUCAACACCCUACUAGGGCGAGCUAAAGAUCCCGGGCUCAAGAACAGUCUCAGGUUUUGUCAAGUAGAAUACGUUUCGUAUGCCAAUCUGGCGUGCAGAAAAGCAUUUAUCUUUUUGAAUCAAAGAGAUUAUUCAGGUUCCAAUACUCAAGGAUUUGAGCUUUCAGAAGUUGGCUCUAUAUGUGAAAGAAAACUUGUGGCCGGGCCCUCCUACUUGCGCCAACUCACAAUUGACAAUUGGAAAGCAGAGAUUUUUGGUGAUAUCAUUGUUGUUGUCUCUGCUCUUCUGAAAAAUGGCUGA